AUGCGUAGUUCCAGUGAGAUAUCGAAUGGGACACGACUUGAUCGCGGCACUCUUCUCUCUUCCAGUCUGAGGGAUCAAACAGCCCCCCGAACAACAACUGCUACUGGUGCUGCCAAUUCAGUCCGCCUAAAUCCAGACGACUUUUUAACCCGAGAACAAAAACUCUGGAAUCUGCGGCCUGCUCCACUGAAGACUCUUGAAGAUUCGACACCGAGAAUUGCAGUAAGCACUGGUGCCUUGUCCUCUGCUGAACUAGUUCGGGCACCAAAGGCGCCUCAGGCCAUCACUGACCCAACUACCUCAUCGAACCCACGUCCAACUCCACGCUUGAGUAAUCGAAAGAGUCCACAGGACUGUCUAGUACGCAUUAAUGGUGACACACAUAUUAUCCCUGAUCCACAGGAGCUGCGGGCUAAGGAAGUACCGAAGGGAACUUCGGCCGAGAGCAGCAUCAAGAUGGCAGACUGCGACGCCACAGAUUCUGAGGCCUUUGACGCUCAGAUUGGUUGGUGGCCCAGCGUGCCAUCGGCUGCCAAGUCGGAACGCGGUUCACUCAGCAGCGCGGAGUGCAUCGCGCUGGCAGCGGGUCAUUUUGACGUGAAUGAG